AUGCAAGCUGCUUACUGGACGUCAGACUUUCGGGCGAAUUCCAACACACCAAACGCCAACCAUUUACUGCAUCUGGCUCGCUUCAAACUGACAGGCCAUGUAGGCCCGGUAACUAGCUUGCUUCAUCCUGCCAGCGCCGAUACACAGUUUAUCCAUACACUGAACCACGAUUCGACAAUCACCAAAUGCCCAUUCGAUUGGGAUCACUUGGUCUCCGGUGGCGCGGAUUUUACCGUUAGACUGUGGGAUUUGGAUCCUUGGCGUGAGACCGGGCUAGAUCGUGUUCAGGACAGACGCAAUCGUCUUCUUUCUGAUCGACUGGCCUCUUGUAUCACACCUCCAACCUGUUUGUCUGUGUUUCACUGUCAUUCAUCCCCCUGCAUAUCCUUGUUCAUUGGUCCCCCAACCUGUGCCGUUCUGAGUUCGUGUGCGGGAAACUCUCGCCUAAAUUCUUGUGUGGGUUCGGUUGGUUCGGACGGUUCCGUCUCAAUCAUCAGUUUACAUGAACAACGCGUGUUGUUGUCAACCAGUCCUCCGUGCAAGCUCUCUCCUUCACCGGUGAUCGCUCUGGGCUGGCGAGUUCCUGAAGAUCUUCUACUGGUUGUGCACGCGGACUGGGGUCUGGAGAUUUGGGAUAUUGCAUCCGGAAUCCUUGACAGCUAUGAAACGGAUCAGACUGCUAAAGAGUUUUUUGAACAAGCACACUUCGUCGUCGAAUUACGCACGCCCCCACCAUCGUUCAUACGAUGCGUUCCCCCGAUGUCAGAUCACGCGGCGCCUGUCGCAACGGACGGAAUUGCGACUUGCACUUUUUUUGGCAGCGCUAACUAUUCCGCCUCAGCCGCCUGCCACUUGGGUUCUAACAUUUGGUGUGUAAUGCAUUUUAUCCCAUAUUAA